AGCACACAAAAUAAAUAAGUAAAAACCCUACCAAGAUGUGGGAUUUUUUUCUCGGUGAAGUGCCUGUGCGUCAGAAUAUAUUUUACGCGAUGCGGAUUGUCGGUGGAUCUCCAUACGUGUACGUCUUUACAGGACUGUAGUUGACAUCUGUUUGAGCAUUUGAGGCCCGGUCGGAAACUCCAAUGUAUCUACACAGAAGUAGUAGGCGCUUUGACCUUUCGUCAGGCCGCUCGAGAAGAUAUGUAGACACCUCCUCGUACACCCCGUCAAGGUUUCGACUAAGAACGUUGCAUGGGAGGAACGUUUGGGUGUUCUCCAAUCAGCCACAGGAUGAGGAAGUUGAUGAGGCAAACGUACUUCAAGUUGUUGAAGUCGACCUUGAUAUUCGUCACAAUACGCAUGAACACCAUACAAACGAGUUUGACAUCACCGAUUCCCGCGUAUACGAUUCCCGGAAGUUCCUGGUCAUACGGCGUGGUCAAACGUUUCUUGCCCAUGUGACCUUUAGCCGCGCGUUUGAUCCAAAGAAGGACGACUUGAGAAUAGUGUUCGAAUAUGGAAAAUGUCCCUUAGCAUCAAAAGGGACACGGGUUGAGCUCAUUUUGUCGGAUAAAGACGUGGCAAACGAAUGGGGAGCCUGGAUCGAGUCCAGUAAAGACGCUUUGACAUCACUUCAAAUAGUGACGCCACCAACAUUAGUCAUUGGAAAAUGGAAGUUGAAAAUCGACGUCAUAAAGCGCGAGGACGCAAAGGAAACGACAUAUAGAUACGUGCACAAGGACCCAAUCUAUAUUCUCUUCAAUCCAUGGUGCAAAGACGACAGCGUAUACAUGAAUGACGAAAGCGGUAAACUGCUUGGUGAGUACAUUUUGAACGAGACGGGGAAAAUAUACGUGGGAAACAGCAGGAAAAUUGGUCCAAGAAUGUGGGUGUUUGGUCAGUUUACAGGUAAUGUGCUUGAUUGUGUCCUGUCCCUUCUAGACCAAGCAGGAAUUAAGGACCAGACGAGGAGCAACCCCGUCAUUAUGGCAAGAAAACUGUCAGCUCUGGUGAAUUCCUCCGAUGACAACGGUGUGUUAACGGGCAAUUGGAGUGGGAACUAUACGGGCGGCACUUCGCCUCUGGAAUGGACAGGAAGUACCGCAAUUUUGGAGCAGUACUACCGCACCAAAAAGCCGGUCCGAUACGGACAGUGCUGGGUAUUCUCCGGAGUCCUUACUACCGUAUGCAGGGCCUUGGGAAUCCCGGCUCGAACUGUAACCAACUUCUCGUCAUCACACGACAGCGACGGGAGCAUCUCCAUCGACAAACACUUUAACACCGACGGCGAACCACUCGAAGAAUACAACUGUGACUCUGUCUGGAACUUCCACGUUUGGAAUGACGUGUGGAUGGCGCGUCCGGACCUCCCUGCCGGAUAUGGCGGGUGGCAAGCUAUCGAUGCUACACCACAGGAAGCAAGCGAUGGUGUCUACUGUAUGGGUCCGAUGUCUCUGCGCGCUAUUCGGGAAGGAAAAGUGAGCCUGCAGUACGACGGACCGUUCGUGUUUUCGGAGGUUAAUGCGGACGAGGUCUACUGGGUGGUCCGAGAGGAUGGUUCCGCGGAGAAACAGGGCAUGAACAAAUACAGUAUUGGAAAACAUAUCAGUACAAAGUGUGUGACCGGUGCAGGCAACACGACACAAUCGUCUAGAGAUGAAAGAUUGUGUAGCGACAUAGAGAGGGAAGAUGUCACCGACCAGUACAAGUUUAAGGAAGGCUCGGAAGAGGAGCGUGCAGCUGUAAGGGAGGCAAACCUCCACUCCACCGUGGAGGGCAUCUACAAGACCGGGGACGAGGACGUGGAAUUCCAAAUCAACUAUGACGUGGACACCUUUGUGGGCGAAGAAAUCAAGGUCACCCUAACCGCGCGGAAUAACAGCACCGACAAUCGAACCGUGAAGGGCACCCUAGUUAUCGGCACGGCCUACUAUACAGGCGUCUUCCACAAGGAGGUGUUGAAAGAGAAAUUGGAUGUGGUCCUGAAUCCUAACAAAGAAAAGGAGCUAGAGUUCAAAGUCGACGCUGAAAAGUACCUUGAACACCUCGUGGACCACUGUAUGAUCACCAUCUCGUGCGUCUGUGUCGUCCAGGAGACCAGACAACACUUAAUCGACCGGGACGAGCUCAGACUAAGGAAACCUACGCUCACUGUUAAGGCACCCGAGUCUUCCGGCCAUGGACAGAGUUUCAAGGUAGAUGUAUCGUUUGAGAACAAGCUUCCAGUUCCGCUCACCAAAUGUGAGCUGCGCGUGGAAGGACCGGGGCUGCAGAAACCCGUCAUCUAUAGACAACCGGACGUGGAUGCCAAAGGGAAGUUUAUCGCCACGUUUCAAAUGACGCCGGUAAAGAGUGGUAAACGUGAUGUUGUCGUCUAUUUCAACAGCCGUCAAAUAUCUGGCGUCACCGCAUGCCACUCCGUCCAAGUGAAGUAGCUGACUUCUGAGCAUUAGCAUUUCAGAUGUGUUCCAAGAAACACCACUGAUAAUUUGUUAUUCUUACUCACGAUUUGGAACAAAUUAGUUUGUUUGACAUUUUAAAUAAAAGUGUUCAACCCUUUAGUAAGAAAUUAUGUAAGAAAUUGUAAAUGCUUUGAGCGAAUUAUAAACAUUUACCUCUUUGUUUCGGAAAUGCCAAAUUAAUUCUAUGUUUAACGUCAUCACCAUCGGGCGGAUAGGUUUUCAGCCUUUAGAAUGAAGGAAAACAUAAACCAUAAUUAAGAUUAAAAAAAACAUGGAUAGUUUUUAAAGCUGAAUAAUAAUGAUAAUAAAUAAUAAAAUGAGUCAAUGCGUAAACUUAAGUCAGCCAAAGGUUCAAAAUCUUGUAAGAUGGACCUGCACAUCCAUAUGGUGUAGUCGUUGGUAAGAUAUGUAACCACGGGCAACUGUAGAUUUACACGUCUGUUGUUGUUUUUCAAACUGAAAUAUACAUUUUUCGAUCUUACCAUGAUGUGUAUGUCAUGCAAAAGUAUGUAAUAUGAACCUUAGGCUACCCAUAACAUUAUUUUGGUACACCCUUACUGUAUACAAAGCUUUUGUAGUAUUAUAUUUAGUUACUGCUGUAUUACUUCUUUUGUCACCAUGUUACAUAAAAAUAUAUAUCUUUAAAAUAAACAUGUAUAAUAAUGCUUGAACAUUAAAUACUUGAGUGAAUAUUUAAAACGCCAACCUAUUAUAUACACAUGUUUUCAAUGUUAUGAUAGCUUCACAUUUGUUAUACAAGUCUGUUUGUUAAAGCAGUAUAAUCAUAUCAAAUAUAUACACAGAUAUUU